AUGCUCCAACCUAGUUCAGGCUUCCCACCACUUAAGGCCAAUUGCUCUCAGGUACGUCAACCUGCCUCCUUUGACUUCCAACCUAGACCUGGUUUCCCACCCUUUCAUUCUUAUAGCGGCCUACCCUCACCCACUAGCCCCUACUUUCCUUCUAGCCUCCCUCCUUCUCCCCUUCCUCCACUAUUUAACUACCAACAAGUAUAUCCAUGUUUUAACUCCCCUAGCAUUCCAAUGUUUGAAAACUCUAUCCCCACAUCCUUUAGGUCUCAUACUCAGCCUUCUCUUGUUGACUCCCCGUACGUCAAAAACUCUAGACUAACUGGUACUUAUUCUCCAAGUGUCAUUAAUUCACAGCUUACAUAUCCGCCUCCAAAUUUUUUUAAAUACCGUCGAAAAUAGCAUUGCCGUUCGAAACACAUUAGAUAUUACACUAUUGAAUGCCAGGCCAGUUAUAAACAAGAUGGCCCAAAUCAAAGCCAUUGCACUGGAAAUGACGCCUGAUACUAUAUGUGUAACAGAAUCUUGGACCCAUUCUCUAAUUCCUAACUCUGCCCUUCUCAUAGAUGACUUCGAUUUUUACCACCAAGACCACACGACUAGGCGUGGGGGUGGUUGUCUUCUUUAUCUUAAAUCCUACCUAAAGCACUCUCCCUAUUACUUGGAUGUUUCCUCAUCCACGGGAAACUUCUGCUUUGCAUCUGUUAUUCUCUCGCCGCAGAGAAAGGCAAUUAUUGGCUGUAUGUACAAUCCCCCUAAUUCUUUAGCCAGUGAUGAUUCACAACUCUGUGAAAUCUUUAAAUGAAUUUCGGAAGCUGCUUUCGAUGUUAAAAUAAUAACUGGGGAUUUUAACCUUCCUGAAAUAGACUGGGUUUCCAAUAGCUGCCCACCCAGAUUCCAGCCCUUUCAAGAUAUUGUCAAUUUUCCUAAUUGGUCCCAACUGGCGCGCUCUCCAACAAGAGAUAAUCACAUUUUAGAUUUAAUCUUUACCAAUGACAUUGAUCCUCUUUCUGUUGCUUUAAAAAGGACCUCUUUGACAGUGACCACGUAUUAAUUCCUUGUUGCCUACCGCUUGCCUUUUCAAAAAAUACAAGCGCCGUUCGGACUUACAUGAACUACGACUGCGUAGAUAACGACUUAAUAAAUAACUUUAUUAGAUCUUUGGAUUGGUGUGGCUUCCUCACUUGUAGCGAGGCAACCAUUCUUCGUGAUGUCAUGUCUAAUGUUUCCAAGGACAUUCUAGAGUAUGUGCCGCGUAGAUAUCUCAAGCCUAAUUCUUCAGAUUCCCUUGUUCCUCAUUUUCUUCAGAACAGACUAAAAAGGUUGAGGCGAAAGCUGCGUGACCCAUCCACUAGUUCCUUAUCAGUUCAUCUUAGAAUCACAGAGAUAUUUGAGAUGGCCUCAAGGAUGCGCCAAGCGCGCGACAGGCAAAGAGAAUCAAUUGCUCUCAGUGGUACGAACCCUGGUAAAUCCGUCGCUAACAUCUUCCGUCCUCGGUCCUCCUCUAAGCGUGCUCACGAACUUCCACCCCUGCUAAAUGAUAACAAAGUCUUCCUCACCGAUGACACUGACAAGGCGGAGUUGUUUAGUGCUUUCUUUGCAAAACACCUUACUACCGAGUCCGAUCCGGUCCCUUUCUUUCGAUCACUUUCAGGUAGGACACUUAGUGCCAUUGAUGUCUCCUCAGAUGUCAUUACGAAACACAUAAGCCGUUCGAAAUACUCAAACUGCUCAGGAACGGACGGGAUUCCGAAUUCGAUUAUUAAACAAGCGUCCGAUCUUCCCAUAUUGCUUAGUCAUUUAUUCUCGGUUUAUAUUUCAAAAGGAUUCUUUCCUGAAACAUGGAAAACGUCAAUUAUCAUUCCCGUCUUCAAGUCAGGAUCUCGGUCCGAUGUUAAUAACUAUCGGAGCGUGCACAAAACGCCAUCUCUAGCAAAGCUUCUUGAAAGGAUUAUUUUCAAUGAAAUUCUUGACUUCUGUCUAGUUAAUCGGCUUCUGAGCUCUUUUCAGCAUGGAUUUUUACCUGAACGAUCCUGCGAAACAUGCCACUUGGCUUUUCUUAAUCUAAUCACUUCUCUUCGUAAUGAGCGGCAGUCAGUGGUUGUUAUUUACUUUGAUCUUAGCAAAGCCUUUGACAAGGUGCCCCACAGACGUCUUUUAGUAAAAUUGGAAGCUCUCGGCAUCCGACCGCCUCUACUCGACUUCAUCAGGUCCUAUCUGUCCAACCGAUAUCAGAAAGUCAUGGUCGGGAAUAGCUACUCGACACCUCACUCGAUCACGAGUGGCGUACUUAAAGGCACGGUUCUGGGUCCGCUACUCUUCCUUCUGUCCAUCAAUGAUAUUUCGACUGAGCUCGGAAAUUCGCAAACUUUUACUUAUGCCGAUGACCUCAGGUGUGUUUACUCAUACUCUAAGGACACCGCAAAUAUUUGUGUUGAAAAAAUUAAUGCCGAUUUACUACGCUUAAGCAGAUGGGGUUCGACAUGGCAGAUGGAGUUUUCAUCAUCCAAGUGUAGUUUCAUGUCUUUUGGUCCUACCAAACUUCCUGGUCCCAUAAUUUUUCAGAAUAAACCACUCUCAGAAUGCCUCACCUUAAAGGACCUAGGUCUAAGUUAUACAAAUAAGCUUGCUUUAUCACCUCAUGCGGAUAGAAUCUCUGCCAAUGCCGCGCAUAUAUGUGGAUUCAUAUCGCAUAAUUUUUUCCCUUCCGGAAAUGAAGCUCAGACUUUAUCAAAUGUUUGUUCUUCCAGUCCUCGAAUACUGCUGUCCUUUCUUCGGUUUAAUGACGCCUGCGACCGUAAUAAAAUCGAAAAUUUUCCUUGGAGAACUCAGGUGCAAUAACACCGACCGACAGACGCAUGGCGAGACCCCAGGAUACGUCUUUGACCAGAUUCUAUGGCCUCCCUAAGGUGCACAAAGACGGCGCUCCUCUCCGACCCAUCGUGUCGCUCAAAGGGACUCCAACGUACGGACUGGCUAAGUGGCUGUUCCGGCGUCUCAAGUUCCUGAUCGCUGAGUCAGACACCACGGUCUCUUCGUCAGCACAAUUCUUGUAGAAAAUCAAAGGGGUAAGCAUCCAUCCAAAUGAGGUCAUGGUAACUUUUGAUGUUACAUCCCUUUUUACUUCUAUUCCCCAGGACCUGGCGAUCGAGACAAUUGAGCUGCUACUACAAAGCAAAGGUGAUGAAACGGAGAAACGUCUUGGACAAGCCCAAAUCCUUCAGCUCCUGAAGCUUUGUCUCAGGAUCUACUUCACUUUCAACGGGACAAUCUACGAACAGCUGAAGGGCACACCAAUGGGUUCGCCGAUGUCGGGAUUCAUCGCCAAGGCGGUCCUGCAACGGUUAGAAUCGCUGGUCUUUUAACACCACCGACCAAAAUUCUGGGCUCGGUAUGUGGAUGACACCUUCGUCGUCAUCGAACGGGAUCAGGUGUUGACAUUCCAAGAACAUCUCAACGCCGUCUUCCCGGACAUUCAAUUUACGAUGGAGGAGGAAGAGAACAAUCAGCUGGCCUUCCUGGAUGUCCUCGUCUGUCGCAAAGGUUGUGGUGGCCUAAAAACCAAAUUGUUCAGGAAAGCGACAAAUACGAUGCAAGUACUGAACUUCAACAGUAACCACCCAAUCAGCCACAAACGCAGUUGUGUAAGGACGCUCUAUCGGCGUGUCGAAACGCACUGCAGUGAGCCGGAAGACAAAAUUGCCGAAGUACAAUACCUCCGACGGGUCUUCAAAUCCAAUGGCUACCCGCGCAACUUCGUCGACCGGUGCAUACGCAAAAGGGACGAAAGGCCUAAUCGCAGGACACCAAAUCUUGGCGGGCACUUCCGUAAGUCAAGAACGUUUCGGAAGCUGUCGGCCGCCCUCUCGCACUACUUCGGGUUGGAGUGGCACACAGACCGGAGGCAACCAUCAGGCGUCUGGUCAUGAAACCGAAAGACCCACUGCCACGGCUAGAAACGUCUGGAGUCGUUUAUCGGGUCUGGUGCAGUUGCGGACGAAGCAACUACGUCGGAGAAACCGGAAGGCAGCUCCGAACGAGAAUGGCCGAACACGCUGCAGCGAUGUGGAGAAAUGACGCCAGCCCUCAAGUUGCGGCUCAUUCGACGAGAUCCGGCCACACAUUCAAAUUCGACGAGGCCGAAUUUUCUCAAGAGGUGACAACCGCGUGAGCCGGGAGCUACUGGAAUCAUGGUUUACUGGCCCCCAGUCCAUAAACAAGUGCAACGAUCUUUCCACUCCAUACUGCGUGCAAAAAUUUCGCCUAGGCGGAGUAACAAGCCAUGCGGGGAGGGCAGAGGUGAACACUUUUCCCAACACCGUGGUCGGUGCGUCAGAUGGUCGAGCAAUCAUCACGCUAACAUCCAACGCACGUGACGAAAUUGCAGCAAUUAUCGACUUGAAUGUCGGCCAUCAAGCAGUGAUCACACCAAGUGCCACGAUCUCGGAUGAAGGGGGGAGCCGUGAAUGUUCAUAGGUAUGCAGUAGCAUGGCUACUGCAUCCUAUAAAUACCGCAGCCCCUUGUGCAACAACCACCCGUUUCUGAUUUUUUGUUUCUGAUGAUGGAUUCGAGUAGGAAUCCGAAACGUCAGGCUAAUAAAGCUCUUGUCCGGGCGAUCGUGUCUCCUUCUUCAAGACUACUUCCUGGGAUUCGUCUCUUCGCUUCUAUUGUCAAUUUUCAGAGGGUUUUCAAACGGAAACUGCUCUCUGAAGCUUCGUCCAGUAUUUCUUAUACUCAGAGAUGUCAGCUGGCGAACAUUAAGUUUUUGUGGGUUAGAAGACUCGAAGCUGGCCUUUGCUUCCUUUUUCGCAUCAACUCUAGCUCCAGUCUUCCGCUCAUUGACACUCUCACUCCGAGAGAUCGGUCUUAUGCCACGCGCAACUCCUGCAUGGUGAUUCCACCGACUCUUUGUACUACAUCUAAGCGCUCCCUCUUCAUUGCUUCCAAAUAUGCCUUCGUUUGGAAUAAUCUUCCGCCUGAAAUUAGAUUAUCGCCUAAGUUAUUGGUAUUCAAGUCGAAAUUACGCAACCAUCUUACACCGGAAAGCAUAAAGGCACUGUUAACAGUCUCAUUCCCGAACACUCAGAUUCUUGACUUCGAAAAGGGUCCUCCUGGGAUUUAGUGGUAGAUUAAGUGGUAACUCUUAAUUAUGUCAUUAGAAACCCCUGUUUUGAAUUGGUUUCUAAAUCCACUGCUAUCACUCCUCCCCCAUAGCGAAAAUUUUCGCGGUUUUUGAUGUCAUCUCCCGCAUUCCGACCGCAUGCGGUCUGUCGACGCUCACGGCGGAACCCUCAGUAUUCACCGUCUACUAGUAGUUUGGUCGUACCUCCCUUCCCCACUGCUCGGCUGAGCUCGAAGCGUGCUGUGUCCAAUCGCAUCUGGGUUCCUCUCGUCUGGCCUCUUUGACGCGAAUAGUCUCAUGCGGCGUAUCAAUCCGGCCCAGACGAUCUUAAUUGUGAAUCCCGUAUACAAUGCCACAUGCAAGCCAGUCCUGUCUGACCCACAUUCGUACCCCUCAAGGCUGAGAUUUAUUGCUACCCUGACGAUGACCGACAACAUUCCGUUAUAUACCGCCACCUACAGGCCAGUCCUGCUCGCUUUUUUCUGACAUUAUUUUUAUUGAGGGGUUUUUUCUCCUGUAAAAUUAAUCCAAUCAUUUUUAACUUUCUGUACGGAGUUUUUUUUUCACCCCUCAAUCAUCAUGGUUCUCAAUGGACUACUAAUUCAGAAACAAUGAAUUGCAUUUUGUAAAGAUUCGGCCUACCUCGUCUAAAACUCGCAGGUAAAUUUAUGUUAACUUGCUUUGAUGGGACCCCGACGGGUCUUUAAUAAAAAAUUAUCUAUCUAUCUAUUAUUAUCUGCGGUAAACUGCCGCAGACCAAACCACAUCACCUCACAUCGCCCGCCAGUCUGUCGUCUGGUGCGAGGAUUCGGCGAGAGUACCGGCCCGAUCUCAUGAGCCCGUCUGCGCGUGCCAUGCACGACCUGCCGCCUACACCAGACCUUCAUACAAGUGGUGCUCCGCUCGGAGUUCACAUGCGUGGGAGUCUGUUUUGACAUAUCAAGAAGAAGCCGGUAAGCCAGACUCGCAAUCCGCGAGUCCACCACUGCACAUAAGCAUACACCGGACCGGUUGCGAUGUCCGAGUUGUAUCGUCACGUGACACCCCCACAAGCUUGGACGUUGAGCACGCCAUGAUUAUUUCAAGCACAUCGCAUUUAUUAUAGUGAGAAGUGCACUGAAAUAUCAUGGGGAUGGAAUCCCAGAGUGUGUCUUUCACUUCCCUCUCCCAUACACCAGUUGACUGUCCGAGUCUUUCAGCCAGUUAAUAAGGAGAUCGAGCGCAGCGGCUGACGGAGCUUAAACAGCCCGCUUGUGGGUGCCACAUGCGACCUAGCCUCCGAAAUAACACAUCAGGCUUUGACACAAAGGGGGUCAGCUGCUCGGAUCUUACAUGCGUUUAAGUACCAUAGUGGUCGCAUAGGGAGGGAGCUGAAGGACACUCUUCUCACUUAAGUAAGGGGUGCCUAUUCAAAGCCUGUGGUGAGUGGUAUAAGCGGGGUUCGUGUAUGAUGUAUGGGUUGGUGGGUCUGAACUCAGCCCACUGGGAAACACACGGCAAGCUUUGUCGGCAGCGGGGGUCGAACUAUCUGUGGGGUUGAUGUGAGGUGAUGGGGGUCUGGUCUGCGGCAGUUUACCGCAGAUUUUCAUGGAAGUGCUUUGUGGUUAACUAGGCCCAUGCAAUGAUUGAGCGCACGUGGGCAGUGCUGGCAGUUGAGGCGAGUGCGGAGGGUGUAGGUGCGAUUCUGGCACUGGUGUGCCGGCCACAAUGCGGUGAAUUUGCAAGUGACCAAUCAGGCCGUUACGCGAUACAAAGGCGCGAUCGCAAUGAGAACAGAUUGGGAGGGCGUCCUCAUUACUGGUGGUGAGACCAGUGUUUGGUGGGGGUCGGGGGUGAGAGGGGUAGUAUUCGCCAUCGCCAUCUUCGCGGGAUGUGUGGCAGUGAUAAUGGAGGUGGCAGUCCGCAUCGGCGGCGGGACUUCGAGAUUUUUCUCACUAGUUGUAGCGAUCGCCGUUGUGAGUGUCGUGAGUGUAGGGGCAGGGAUGACGUUGGAGGCGUUCGAGGAGACAGUAAGUGGAGUCGGCUUGUUGCAAUCGAGUUGGGUCCGAAGACGUCCGACGAGGCUGAUCUAUGCGCUGGAUGUCCGGUGACAGCAUGGACCUAUUGGAAGCGGCGGUGUUGGGAUUGAAGAUCCGCGGUACUUACAACUUGCGAACCGCUUUCUGGUUUUAGAAGCGGCAAGGCGAUUUACUUCGUAAACUUAACCAGCUUGGUUGAUCCUAGGCAAGACCGUUUCAGGUGUCUGGGUGGAUUUGAGCAUUCUUAACAGAGAUACAUAGGGUGCCCUUGUGCCGUUUUUGCCCUACUCAUCGAGCAUCCGCAGUGACGUAGCAGUAGAAGAGUCGUUUGUUGAACGUCAUGCCCAGUCAUGGCGUGGAUGCUGAAAAUUCCGCUUCGUUCCAGGACUUUCGUGUCCGGGAUCCUGUCCUGCCACCCCAACUUCAGAAUUCUGUGGAGCCACCUGCGAUGGAAGUGUUUGUGUUUUUGGUUUGAUUGGCGCAAACGGUUCAUUUUUCUGUCCCGUAAAUUAGUGCCGUCAGAACUAUCGUUCUGUACAUCUUGAUUUUGGUGUUCAGGCGAAGUCGUCAGCGAUUCCAGACUGAGGUUUAUCGCUAGCCAAAUGCGUGGCUGGCUUUUUUAAUCCUAUAGCCCACUUCAUCGUCUCGAGAUUCGACUGCCUAUGUAUGUAAAGUUUUCCACAGUGGCCUGCUGAGCUCCUUUUACUUUAAUGUGAGGUUCGCUGUAAUCAGUGUCCGAAUCCGGUUGAUUGGCUUGUUGAUGGUCAGUCCGAAGUUGGCGCUGUAGGAGGCAAAUAGGCGUAUGUUUCUUUGCAUGCCUGCUUCCGUCGGUCUUUUGAAUGCACAGUUAUCAGCGAAAAGUAGGUCGCGGGUUCUGGUAUGGGAUACUUUUAAGCGCGUUUGCAAGUGUCGUGCGUUGAGCAGUUGUCCGUCGAGGCAGUAGACGAUGUUGGUUUCUGGCCGCCCGUCCUGGUUGGCGUCCACUGGCAAAGCAGAGAACAUGGGGCUGAAAAGGGUGAGAGAGGAUGCAAAACUUUGCCUCGCUCCAUUGGUCACUGCACGUGCUUCUGAGACUGCUCCAUUGUCCGUGACUGAGUGAUCAUACCGCCGUGUAGUUGCUGUACCAUGGUGUAUGAGCAUGAUCCUCUAGAGUCCGUGAUGAUACACCGCGUCAAAGUCCAACGACAGGCCUAGUAGAGUGAUGCAGAGACUUAUCUGCACUUACUGGCAUCUUUCUCAUAGGUAACGCGCGGAAAAAUAUCAUGUCGGUGGUUCCACGGAAUCUUUGGACACCGUACUGGCUUCUCAGGAGCAGUCCGUCUUCCAAAUUGCCGUUGAGAGGAUUGAGGAAGAUACGAGCAGGUAUAUUUCCGGCAAUAUUGGGGAGGAAAUGCUUCUUUGAUUGUCAUUCUGUUGACGGUAGCCCUUCCGUUUUUAGAUGUCCACGAUGUUGGCGCCCUUAAAUUCCCUAUGGACUCAUUAUUGUAGCCACAUCUCCUGAAACAGCGGUGUGAGUUUGGCCAUCAGCCAAGUACCGCAGUUUAUAUCGAGCGCGGAUGGGAUGGCAUCGGAUCACUGUGGCUUUCGGCUAGAGAGCAGGUGCACGGCUCUGAUUGUUUCUAGAACGGAAGACGGGGGGUCCAAACCGCCGUUCGUUUCCAUCUGGGAGAAUCUGCUGACAGCAGCGUCGGAGAUCGUGGACGGUCGAUUGAAGGCGCAUCUGAAGUUUUCGUCCCGGUGCUUUUGAAUUAUGAUUUCUCCGUAAGAAUUAUUGGCCCCUCGAAACUGGACGAUAGCGCGGUUCCCCUGGUUUGGCAGCAAUUGACCACCCCGAUGGAGGCGAAGAAAUUCUCGGUUUCAUUGCGGCCCGCGUAUCCUUAAAUUUUCUCGGUCUUCAAUCCAUCCAGACGCCUUUCAUUUCUUGCAGUUGUUGUUGCGCCAAGCAGCGAAUCCGAAGUAGCCGUCCUGUUUGCGUUGGUUCCGCGACUGGCAUGGACGUUGUGGAGCCUAUUCUUCCCGGUGAGCAGAUUGCGGAUUUUUUGUCAUUGUCACCAAGCCAAUUUUGAUGUUAGCGACUUGAACGACCUGAGGACGGCCAGGGCGGUGAAGUAGAUGGCGUUCCGCAGUUGGCUCCGCUGGGUCUCUCCACGGUGGCUUUGUUGUCCGGAGCUUGCGGUUCUUCGAAAUCGAAGCGGUGAGCGGACAGAUUCAGCAGAACAGUACCUACUUCAUUUGAUUGUCGUUUACGCUUUAUUAUCUUGGGAGAUUGCGCUCGAAUCCUUAUCUUGGAGCUUACGAGGUGGUGAUCCACUCAGUAAUCGGCGUCGCAGACCACCUUUGUCAGCAGCACGUCCUCUCGAUCUCGCCUUAAGACGAGAACAUAAUUUUGCAACUGUCAGCGCUGCGAUCGGAGCUGCAUUUUCGUUCUUUACUCUCGCUUGCGAAGGCGGAAAAACGUGUUGGUCAGGAGGAAACGGUACUCUGCGCAGAUUUCCAAAAGGAGGAGACCGUUUUCGUUGCGGCCGCCAAUUUCGCGGAGGCCCAGCUUUUCCUUCCAGGCAGCGUGGUCUGUCCCGUCGCAGACAUGGAAGUCCCCGAGGACAAUUAG